AUGUCUAAAAAUAGUAAACAUAUUGAUUUAGAAAUGAUAGAAUCAGAUGAAAGUGUUACAUUAAGUAUAGGUGAAUCUGUCAAUACUAUUCCACAUCCUUUAUAUUCUUCAUUAUUUUCACCUCAUGAGAAUGUGUCUUGGCUUCGAGCUCUUGAGAAGCAUAAUAAUUCUGAUUCAGACGACGAUUCAGAUGGCAAUUCCGAUGAAAUUCAAUCUAUGGGUUCUAAGAACCUAGCUGAGGAAAAUUUUCUGAGGUCCCUGGUUAAGAGAAUUAAUAGACUCAAGCAUCUGCAAAUAGGGCUAGCAUAUUUACGACGUACUGCCCUUGUAAUGAGACGACAAAAAGUAUAG